AUGUUAGACAAAACGUUAUGGGAACAAUUUUUAGAUGUAGUGGAACCUCAUCUACCGGAAUAUCUCCACUGGAAUGAAAUAUGUGUUAGUUGUGAACUGUGAUGUUUACCGGCCACUGUACCGAUGUUACUGUCGUACUGUGCUGGUGUUACAUAAGCCGGGAGAAUUUAUCGAAGAUUAUUUUUCUGAAACUGCAUUUCAACGGUAUUAAUAUAUGUUCCUUAUGUUAAUUUUGUGAUCUAUUUUAUUUUUCUUCCAGUGGACGUUCGUUUUUUACCUGGCCGAGGCAAGACGCCAUAUUCAUCGAUGGUGCCGAGGAAUGGAAGCAUGGGAGGUUAUAAGCCGAUUUAAAACUUACGUAGCUGCACUUAGCGUUUUUUCCUUUAUUUGAAUGAUUUAAAGUAUAUCAUGAUUCUUAGUAUUCUUGGCAUGUUUUUAGGAUCUGUUGUCUUGUAUUUUUUAUAUUAAUUGCUCAUGAAGACUGCUCAUGAACUUCAGUUUCAUCACUCAAUGAACAAGUGUUAUGAAGAGGGUUUACAUGGCCUGUCAAAAAUUCUCCUAGACUACACGUAACAGUUUAUUUUCGAAGUGGUCAAAGGUCGAUAUUUUAUACUUGCAAUUGGGCAAUUUCUUGCUUUGAAAUUACAUAAUCUCUGUUACGGAGAAAUCAGCAAGCUCACGUGUAACUAACUGAAAGUGCAAACGUGUCAAGUUCUGUGAUUGUGUAAACAAUAACAUCAAAUGAGAUGAAAUAUUUUCUCGGAUGUUUAUGUAAGAGGGUGGCAAAUUAUGAUCAUGAUGAUAUUGUCAUAUGGCUUUGUAUGUGUGUACGGCUAGUAAUCCAGGGCAAUAAUCCCGGAUUAAGAUAAAUAGGAACCCGAGCAAAGAUGAGUUAUAUCAUGGUUCCAUCUACUUUUAAUUAAUUCUGACAAACCAACCAACUUGUUUAUUCUGUAUAACAGAUUGUUGUCAAUACAGUGACCUACUGCUUCUUUGUUUGGCUUGCCUUGGAAAUUCUACGCUGGGUGAUUGGAUGGGCAUUCUUCAGAGAAAAAAGUUUGUAUUGUUUGAUGCAAUUUGUGAAUUUAAUAUUAAGCAAGCUACCUAUAAUGUCAGCUGUAAUGGCACCACUUAACAUCGCCUAACACAGCAGUCAGACGUCUAACAUGUGCAAAUGGAUCAAUUCUGGCUAGCUGUGCAACAAGUUCCCUUCGCAAAAUUUCAAAGAAAUACAUUCAAUACAACUGCUCUCAUAAAGUAAGCUAAAGAAAACUGAAAUGUUGAUAGCUAUAUGAAAUUAAAAAGGAGAAUAAAGUCAGGAAAGGAAAGCUUGAAUCUUUUUUUGACUCAAAGCAUAAUCAAUUACAGGUAUCCUGAAGGCAUGCCAUUCUAUUUUGAGCUUUACUAAAAACCUGAUAUGUUUUGGAAAAAACUGAGGUAGACUGGCUUGUGUGGUUGGUUGUAACUGGCGUGAGACAAUGGAGUCAGAGAGCCUAAAAGGACACCACUUAGUCAUAACAAUACCAGCACAUGUGUAGACAUUUGAUUGUGUGUUGGCCAGGGUAAUUUUUACUAAUCCUAAACUAAUCUUUACUUUUCGCAUAGAUAAAAACAUCCCCAAAACAUUCUUCCAGCUAUGCCCUCCAAUGGUUUAUACAUACAUAAAGAGAUUCAACUCUUGAGUUUUUUUUCCUUUUUUUCCAUAUAAGUAAUAAAAGGAUGUGUUACUAUAACAAUUUGAGCGUUAAAAGGUGAAGAUUGAUUGAAAGAACUAUAGUAACUCCUGAGAUGUUUCCAGUCUUAAGCAUACUCUAAAAUUUUGCAAAAAGUCAAGAUAUCACUUGCUUAAAGAGCAUGGUGCCAUUACAUGUUACUGCAUUACUCUGUUUAUUAACACACCCAUCAUGUCAUAGAGGGAAAUUCAAGUAAAGGCCACUUGUUUUUUUCUGCUUUUUUUCAUAGGAUAUUCAGUCUCAAUUUUUGGCAAAUGUGCUUGUUGCCAUAUUACACAUUAAUUAAUAAUGGUAUUAGGACCAAGUGGAGUCCAAUUUGGUUCAUGACAUAUGAAUGAUUAACAAAAUCAGACAACUGCGAAGCGGGAGUCCCAUUGUUAAUCACAAGUAUGAUUACUGACAGAAUUCAACAACAAAAAAUUUUGUUACCAAUUAAUUAUAAUCAUUAAAAUUUCUGAAAAACAAAUAUACCUAGAACAGAUAUCUCCAGUGGAGACAAUGUCUUUACUUAAAUAUUCCUCCAUUUUGGAAAUUGCCUUGUUUUUCGUUGGAUAAGUGGUUGUUGCUGUGGUUAAUGUGAUCAAUUCUGUGAUUGGUGGAAUUAUCUGAGUAGACCUAGUAUAAUUGGCUGCUUCAACUGUCGAAUUACAGGUGUCUGAUUACAGCCAACUGUCCAACUACAACUGUACAGAAUGAUUAGUCAAAAAUGAAGCACCAAUCACAUUUGAGUUAAUUGUAAUGGUUAUGAUUAACAAUUUUACAGCUCCUUUCAUGUGAUAUCCUGUGUGAAGACUUUCGUGUAGCAAUGCAAUUCACUGCUGCAAGAUAGAGAAGUUACUGCUGGUCUGAAAGGAAAGAACGAUUCUUGACUUAUUUACAUUCUUGGAAAAGCACAAAAUUAUUCUUGUCCUCUUAAUUUUUAAAUUGUCUCAAUAAUAAUUUGACCCAGUGGCUAGUGCUGACAUAAGAUAAUCUAGACUAAUCAAUCAGCCCAUGACUCUUACAGUUCCCACGGCUUGUGUUUCACAUCAUAUUGUUGUUAAUGUCAAUGUUAUUUGAUGUCAUUCAGGUCUGAUAGAGAGAGUAAAGAAAGGAUUUUUUCGAACGUUGAGAAGAAUGCCAUUUAUAAAAGAUAAGGUGAGGAUACAAGUGUUUUAGAUUGACAAAAUACAGUGUAAGAGGGGAAAUAUUUCAGAACCUCUCCAAUCUCCUGGUCAUGCUAUACAUACCUGUGUAAUGAGGAUUUUAAAGUCAAAACCUUUGCUGGGAACCUAUCAGAACAUUCACUGUAAUAGAAAGAAAAGUACAAACAAGAUACAUGUCAGUUGACAAAAUUUCCUAAGUCAAAUACUUAUCCUUGUCUUUGAGUGUCUGGACACAAACUUUACCAUCACUUCCUUUCAAAAAGUAUGGUAUGUUAAAGUUGCCAGUAAAUGCUAGAGACCUUCAUCAAUACUAAAGAAGUCCACUGCAUCUAUACUGUACUUUGGUAUGUUAGAAAAGUUGAUUUUUUCAACUCAAAUUGUUUAUUUGCUGUUCCACAGAUAGCCAAUGAAAUGAAUAAAACUGUGGAAGAAAUGGGCAAAACAGUAUUUCCUGUGAAGCCAGGAGAGACCUUUCAUACAAGAGUACGUCAUAUGAAUCUUCAAACAUCUAAAUGUACACACUUGUACUCUCUUCAAUUGUUCUGUUUUCAAUGAUGUACACUGUAGUGGGUAUCUUGACAGAUGUGUAUGUAAUUUAGAUCAUUGUUAGACAAGAAACUUGAUUGAAAGGAAAUGUGGAGGAGAAGGUAGACUAGUACACUUCCUUCCUUAAAUGUUACCUUCUGGAAGAUGAUUGUUGAAUCAAUGUCAUUUUGCAAAUUUAAAAUUUUGCUCCAAAUUGUGACGCUAACUGUUCUGUGUAAGUUCAUGUACUUAUUUAUACUUUUUUUAAAUUCAAUUUUAAGCUACCAGCCAAAGGAAUGAAAGAGGUUUGUAUUUUGAAAUGAGUUUAGUAAUUGUAAAUGAUUUUAAAACUGUUUUAUAUGAAAUAAUUUUCAUCUGAAUUUAUGUUUGGUGUUAAGGCUAGAUAAUUAUUAUAUGUUGUGAUCUGAAGUCUUCUUGGUUAUGAAUACUUUAAACCAGUUUUAUUUUAAAUUUCCUUUGUUUGUAUUGUUAUAAUUAUCAUGACUGUGAAGAAUGUUGUGGGCUGUAGGUGGAGGGAGGGGGGGAAGGAGUGCAGGAAGUGGUCCAAAAUCCAAAACAUGUUAAUAUUUCAAACUUGCAUAGGUGUGCCUCUUUGCAUGUACACUAAUUUAAUACUAUGACACAUGCUUUUAUGGUAAUGAAAAGCUUUAUUUCAUUCCCCUGUAGAAAGAUCUAAUGAAAGAAAUUGAAAAUUACACAAAGCUUGGUAAGUGACAUCUACAUCACUACAACAGCAAUAACCUUGGUAUCUGUACUUGUAAACUUUUUUUGUUAUAGUGGUUUACAAGAUAUACAUGUAUUUGCUGAAUUUUUUUUGAUGACAAUUAUUAUAAGUUCUGAUAUACUAAUAUUAAAAAUUUUUUUAAUAGUCUCUCAAGUUUCAAACAGUGUGUCAUUUUUCUCCACUAAGAGUAAGCUACACAGCUGAACCGCUACAAAUCUUAAUCUUGGGAGAUCAUUUGAUAUCUAGGAGGAUGUUGUGCUUAUGGACUUUAAUUCUUUAAUUUUAUCAGUCUCUUACAUUGUAAUCUAAUCAUUCAAUGUAGGUGAAGUGAAAUGGGAGGAAGGACGUGUUUCUGGAGCAAUUUAUUGUGGAGGAAAAGAACUCACAGAAGUGCUAACAAAGGUAAAGAAAAAGCCUUGUUUAGGGGCAUUAACCUUUUAACUUCCCUGAGUGACCAAGACAGAAUUUCUCCUCACUAUAUCAAUACAAUCUUAAGCAGACAAGUGAUGGGAAUAAAUAAAAAUAUCAAUUGCCGGACUAGAAGUUGAUCUAAUACCAAAUUAUCCAAACUAACAUCACAAGAACAGUAUGGCAGACAGUAAGGGGAAUUACUAAUGAGAUCUUGAGAGUUAAAAGGUUACAGGAAAUUGAGAGACGAAUUUUAGACUCAUUGAAUGUUAUGAAAAAGAAAAAAGAAAAAAAAUUCCUGUAUUCUAUCAGGUAUGUUGUUUACAUUGUGGAUACCUGCACAUUUUUAGGCUUAGAUGAGUUUUUGAUGGUCAGAGUUACUAAACAGGAUGAAUAAUCUGUCACUAAAAAUUUAAACUUUUAACUGAAAUUCUUGUGCUAACUUAAAGAAGCUUUUAUGAUCAGAAACAGCAUCAGCCUUCCUUUGAUUUGAAUUAUUUUACCUACAGGUCUAUUCAAAAUUCACUUGGGCCAAUCCACUCCAUGUGGAUAUCUUUCCUGAUGGUAAGUAAGCAGCUCACAAUGUAACCUAACCAACUCAAGUUCAAGGUCCAUACUGUAACCUUUAGAUCAAGUUUUCCACUCUGAAUUGUGACCCAUGCUCAAUGCUUGGAGGUACAACUCUAACUUACAGUAUAGAUAGAUAAAAUGAGUUCAGGAAGAUAUUUUUUAUAUUUCUGGGUUCAAAGAGGGGGAAAAUUUCAAUUCAAUUAAAAUUUUGAAUUUAGCAGGCCAUGCAGUGAAACGUGGCCUCCUAAAUUGACCAAUCAUAGGAAAUGUAUUAGCUGAGAAAUGUUAUGAUAAUUUUUAUUCCAUGGAGUGUCAUUACAUGUGUCAUGAAAAUGGCAUAAGUAUUUUUUUUUUUUUAAUCCAACAGUGCGGAAGAUGGAAGCAGAAGUUGUUCAGAUGUGUGUCAAUAUGUACCAUGGAGGGAAGGAUGCAUGUGGAACAGUAAGAAUCAUUCAUGAAAUAAUGCAAUAAAACACCAACUUGUCAACAGUUACAUUCCCUCUACACAGCAUAGGAAUAACACUGCAAUUUUUGCUUUAACCCUUUAACUCCUGCAUCUGAUAGUCAAUUCUCUCCUCCAGCUACAACAUAUUUCCUUUUAAAUUUGUUACAAGAAUUUGGUGUUAGAUCAAGAGAGCAACUUCUGCUUGAUGUGUUUGAGUAUUCUCAUGACCUGUUUGCUGGAUAAUGUAUGGGUAUUGCAGGGAGAAGUUAGUUGUUAAUCACUUCAGGGAGUUAAAGGGUUAAGUAAUAAUCCUCUUUUUUAAACAGUCUAGUGUGUUCAAGAAAUGUUUUAGUUUAUUAAUAGCUAGAUUUAAAUGUUAAUUAUUUUAUGAAAUCGACAAAUCUUGCAUAGAGAGCAUAGAUACCUGAGUGUAUUGUAGGCACCAACAAUCUGAUCCCUUAAACUUCAUUUUUUAGUAUUCUUGCAUAAAUGUGAAAAUUUAGAACUUGUUUGGACAGUGUUAUUUUGCUUAUUUAUUUCUGUAUGUAUUUAUGACUUGCCACUGUUUAAUUUAAGACUCUCAAGGACAUUCACAACUGUAGUAGAGACUACUAUGUUUUUUUUACUUUUUUCAGAUGACCAGUGGAGGAACUGAGAGUAUAUUGAUGGCAUGUAAGGCAUAUCGUGACUGGGCAGUUGACCGUGGAAUAACACACCCAGAAAUGUAAAUACCAUCCUGUAUUGAAUGAUUAAGACAAGCCUAAAAAAACACUGGCUUUUCAUGCAGAAAUGUAGUUGCAGAAUAAUGUAAAAUAACUGAAAAAUAUCCUCCACAUUUGAAUUAAGAAAAGAAGCUCAGGGCAUUGAAAUUCAACGCCAAAAUUUUUCAAUUUCUAGCUCAACAACACAUUGAAAGAUCUGUGCAUCUCACCUGGUCAUGUAUAUGUCCAUAGGAAUAGGUGUAAGUUGGGAAAAAUUGAAAAGUGGUACUUUAAAAUUAUCCAGCACCACUUACAUUACAAGGUAAUGAAGGGAAAAAAACCCUAACCACGAGAUUCAACCAUUGUUACAUGACAUGCACUGACACAUGUAACUAGUCAUUUGUCAAUCUAGUUGUUGGGUACUUGCUACAGAUUUAGAGCUAUUUAAAAAGGGCACAUUUUUCUUUAUUUCAGUGUGGCACCUAUAAGUAUUCAUGCAGCAUUCGACAAGGUAAAAAUACUGAUACUUUAUUUUGAAUAAGUAGAUUUCAUUUGAGUUGACACUGUGUUUUAAGUGAUCAGUGAAUCACUAAUUUCAAUUUUUAUUCAGAAAUAUAGUCAAAAGGAGACAAAGUCAUAAAAUUAUGUCUUUGGCAAGGAAACUAGGUUGGGGGAGUAGGCAGAGAUAGGAUGGUGUGAGUUGUAGGGUGGGAGGAUUUGGGGAAAUUAGCAAGGAGAUGGAACACGGGGAAAAUGUCAUAUUCUAUGUUGAAAUGAAAAGUCCAUUUAGAAGAAUUUUUGUAUGUAAGUCUAGAGGUUAGGAACCUUGCAAGAGAUUCAGUUUCUUCUACUUUCCAUUACUGCAAAAUUCCCCAAGACAACUUUAUUCUUUGGAUGGUUGGGUUUGCAAGCAGAGUUUAUGGCUGAAAAAAUUUGAAAUCACUGUUGCUCUCUGCAUUUCAAGUUUGUUUGUGCAUUGGCCUGGUUGUUUGUUUGUUUGUUUGUUUGUUUGUUUGUCUGUCUUUGUCUGUCUUUGUCAUUCAGGGUGAGUUCUACUAAUCAGUGACUCUACGACAUACAAGUUGAACCCUCUGGUAGUAUAGUUAUAACAUAGCUCCACCUCUAAACUUGGUUUUUUUUCUUGGUUUUAUAGGCAGCUCACUAUUUCAAUAUUAAGCUUGUUCAUGUUCCUGUUGAUGAGAAAACAAGGAAAGUUAACAUCAAGGUAAGAAGUGGUAUUUACAAGUGUUAGAUUUGGAACUUGAACUUUAUUUAAGAGGUUAAAGACCAAAGCCUAAAUGUUUGCCACUCAGUGAUAUGUUUUUUUUUCUUGCAGGCCAUGCGGAGAGCAAUAACAAAGAAUACCAUUCUAGUAUGUUCAAUUUGGUUCUGCAAUUUGUGAGCUGUUAUUGUCAUUGGUUCUUUGUCUUUUGUCUUUUUCAUGUAUUUUGUUGUCUCAUUGUAACCUGCUUUGGAGUGCAAGAUUUUGUAAUAGUGAAGGAGUUGAGGAAAAUGUUAAAAAAAAUUGAAAGUCUGCAGUGAUAGAUCUUCACUAGUUAAAGGUGUUUGCCAUUAGUCCAAAAUGUGGACUAUUGUUAAAAAACGGCCACAACUGUCACCCUCUACUAAAAAAAAAGUCAUGCCUAAAUGCAAGUUACUGUUAUUCUGUGUUCACUGUUUGUAUGUGGGUCACUUGUUGUGGUUUGUUUUAAUUUGUUUCCUUUGUCUGUUUGUUUAUCUUUUGUUUGAACCUGUCUUCCUCUCUGUCUUCAUUUUCACCUUUUAGGCAACAUCUAAGUAUUGCAGUUCCUGUUAAUACACUGUUACAGUUAUGCUAUUGUCUAAACAAUACAUGAAUGCUCUGUCUCUGUUUCAGCUUUGUGGCUCAGCACCUCAGUUUCCUCAUGGUGUUAUGGAUCCAAUUGAAGAAAUAGCCAAACUUGCCAAAAAGUAUAACCUUGGUUGUCAUGUAGAUGCCUGCCUUGGUGGUUUUCUGAUACCAUUCAUGAAAAAAGCUGGGUAUGUCUCUUUUAUAACACAAUCCCCAGUGGUCUUUCCGUGCUUUCAUUUGGGUAAAAAAGAUAAAAGGUAGAAAUACCCACAAGCCAGAAGGGUCAUCCUAACUGAGCUUAUCCUGCCCUCCAGAAAUAUAAAGCUUCUGAAAAUAUGGCUACUCCCUCUGGACUGGAUUCCGUUCCAUAACAGUUGCCCCUCCCUUCCCCUUCCCCUUUUCUUCCCCCCCUUCCCCCCCCCCCCCCCCCCCAAAAUAUCUGCAUGAUAAGAAAUUGGGCUUUCAUCUCACAGAUUCUGAUUUUGUAUCAUAUGAUAUGAAUACUAAUAUUGCAUAUUUUUGUUGAUUUGUCCAGGUUUAGUCUUCCUCCAUUUGAUUUUUCUGUAGAUGGAGUUACAAGUAUAUCCUGUGAUACACACAAGGUAAGUCAGAGUGAGAGGUUUCCAAAGUGCCUCUGUGUAUAUAUAUUUUCUCAACCCUAUUUUAACAUUGAAUGCAAAAUGAAAUCUAUUGAGUUUAGUGUGUCCUACUAGUAUUCAUGUCUCUUUUUUCUUCCCUUAAGUUUAUCUAAGUUGUUUGUUGUUUUGCACUUUGAUCCCUAAGUGAAGACUGUCUGUUCUCUCUUCAGUAUGGAUUCUCACCCAAAGGAUCUUCAGUUAUCUUGUACAGCAACAAGCAUCUCAGGCAUUUUCAGGUGAAUUGAUUCAAAGCAAACUUUACUUCUUAGAAACCUCUAUAGAAAAUACUAUUGACUCUUAAAACCUUCCCUCUUAACCCUUUAACUCCUAAGAUCUGAUCGUUAAUUCUCCCCUCUAGCUGCUACACAUUUCCUUGUAAAUUAGUUAUGAGAACUUGGUGCUAGAUCAAGAUAGCAGCUUCUACCUGAUGAGUUUGAAUAUCCUGAUCACCUGUUUGGUGAAGAAUGUAUGGAUAUUGUAGGGAGACGUUUUAUGUCAAUCACAUCUGGGAGUUAAAGGGUUAAUGUACUCAGAAUUGCACAAUUAAACAAAAAUCAUAUCCUUACCUUUUGUGUAAUUCCUUGCAGCUUUUGUAUGCAACUACUGGUAGUAAAUUUCCACAGCAUUAAUUUUGUAUGAAUUUUUAUUUCUCAUUGAAACUUAAUUUUUUUUUUUUUUUUUUUUUUUUUUUUUUUUUUUUUUUUUUUUGGGGGGGGACACCAAGAUUACCAAUUGCUGACUUUCCACAAAAUUUGGCCAAAAUUUAAAAUGCAUGAAAUUCUUAUGCCAACAUGGGAGGUGCAGUAUACCAAAUUGUGGUUCUAGUUUGCUGGCAGUUUGCUGUUUUUUGCAAAGGAAAAACAAUAAAACUCAUUUAGUUAUGCAAGCUGCACAUUAAAAAGAAAACAACAACAGAAAAGGCCAUGCUGAAGUAGACAUUUUGUUUUUAUCAACUGAGUUGAUAAGGUGAAUUGCAGGGCCAUCAUAAAGAGAUUCUAAAACUGACAUUUUGAGCAUUAGCAUUGGAAAAAGGUUAAGUUUUCCUGAAGAUGGGGAUUGAAUGUUGCAAAAGCUGCUUUGUUUACUCAAAAUGAAAUUCACUUGUGCGUCAAACCUAGUGUAGAAAGGAUGCAGCUCAUGUAAGGAGAUUUACAGUGUUUUUUUUGUUUAGUAUUUUGUUGCACCUGAUUGGCAAGGAGGAAUUUAUGCCUGUCCAUCAAUACCUGGCAGUCGACCUGGUGCAAUCAUAGCAGCGACAUGGGCUACAAUGAUUUACUAUGGAGAGUCUGGUAUGGAAAGCUUAUCCAUAUAGUGGAUGAUUUUUGUAGUUAACUAGAAUUUAAUUUAAAAUGUUUGAAUGAGAGUGUAAUUCAUUUGGAUACAACCAUUCAGCAGUAUCUGCCACAAUCAAUACAAAAAUGGCUUUUUUUCUUCCAGGUUAUGUUGAGAGCACAAGAAAAAUUAUAUCAACAAGAAAGAAAAUUGAGGAUGGGUGAGAAAGAUUAUUAGUUUUGUAUUUUAAGGUUUAUUUUGCAAAACCCUCAGCUACCGUUGUGGAUAUUAAGUUUUGCAUGGGCUUUUUUUUUAUGGCUGAUUUUCAGUCGAAAAAAUGUAUGGUAGACAUGAGAGAGAUUUUGAUAUAGAAAUCGUGAUAGUGAUAGAGUUACCCAUGUGACUUUACAACGGUAUGUUAAGCCUUAUAAUUCUUUCCUACAGAAGGGAGAUGCAAUGAAAAUGAGAUUGAAAUUGAAAAUUCAUUAAUGUUUGUCUUAAGUUAAUGAAUGGAAGUUUUUCUUUGCCUUGUACCCCUAUAGCUUGCGAAAGAUCAAAGGUAUUUUUGUUCUUGGAAAACCUGAAGUGAGUGUGGUGGCGUUUGCUUCACAUGAUUUUGAUGUUUACCACCUGGGCGAUGCUCUCACCAAGAAAGGCUGGCAUCUAAACACCCUUCAGUUCCCUUCAAGGUUUGUAUUCGCUGUUUCUUUCAGUCACUCAGUUUUCAGAACUGUACCUAACAGUAUAAUAAUAAAUUGCACUUGACAAUGACGUAGGCUUUUACAAGCUACUUGUUCCCAGGGUCUCCUCCCUUUAAGGAGAGAGAGAGAGAGAGGACCUGGGAACGAGGUUGGUUUUUAAUACGCUUUAUUCUCAAAUGUUCGACCAAAUUUACACUGAUUUAAUAAACAGAAUUCUUAAAAUAAUGAAAUGAAAGUUGUGUAUCUGUCCAUGGCUGAUAUGUUGUAAUCGUUUCGAUUUUUUGCAGUAUUCAUAUUUGUGUGACAGCUCUGAACACACAGCCAGGUGUGGCUGAUCAGUUUAUUAAGGACGUCAGAGAAUGUACCGCUGCACUUUUGAAAGAUCCUGCAGCAAAAUCAAGCGGCAUGGUGAGAUAUUCUGUUAGCACAAAUAAAUGAAAUAAAACGAAUUUGACCUGUGGAUGAUAAUUAUUAACGAAAUAAUUAUCACAGAUGAAUCGAGUUGAAGAAACUGCAGAAAAAGGCCCCGAAAAGUCAGGUUUCGACAGGGUGUGAACUCGAUGGUGGUAGAGUGCCACUAGCCACCGAACUUGGUGGCGAGGCAAAUUUCCUUCUUUGAAAUGGUAGUAACAUUGAGCUAGUAUGUGAGAGGAACUCUUUCAAAGCCUGAAUUUUUUUAGGUUUCCAUAUCUGCAAUUUCGUCUAAUGCAGUUGAUCUGUGAGGUUUUGUCCGUCUCGUAAUUCAGUUACUGACCUAAUAUGUGCGUCGUAAAUUUUUAAAGUAAUACGUAGUGACGUAUCGGUUUUUCGACAGCUUAUUGACUUUGCUCUUAUUGCAGUCUGCCAUCUAUGGUAUGUCCCAGAGCAUUCCGGAUAGAUCCAUUGUUAAUGAAAUAGCGUGGGGCUUCUUGGACUGUAUGUACAAUGUCAAUCACGAACCAGCUCAUGAAAAUGGAGUCGUCAAGCAUUAAUUUUGUUUUUGGUACGAAGUAAUAAGGUGCAAGUCACACAACUGAUUCGUUAAUUUACCUCCACGCCCGAGGUGUCACGCAACCUUUCGUCCAACUCUUUUUCGACGGAAGCGUUGCGUGACAUUCCAAAGUUCGGCUACGCAGGGGCUCUCUGUCUCUUUAUGUACUGCAAAAGAUGGAACGCUUUUUCAGUCGUUUACCUUUGUAUUUAUCGGGUAAAUUAGAUAGAGUCUAUUUUCCACGGCUUUGAUUGUUUUUGUCAGCCCUAAGGAUCAACAAUUUCUGGAAGAAAGCGAUUUUUCGUUACAUCUGAGGGACUAGUGAGUCAACGAUCGUGAAAUAGACACAACAUGAUAUAACGUUUCAGCGGUAGCCUUUUGGGUACCAAGGGCCUUUUUAUUCAUGGUACUGACCCAUAGAAACCUAACUUUGAGAACAAGAUAUUACUAAUAUAUUGAUCAUUCCUGGGUGAAAAAGAAUAAAUGAGUAUAACUUAGCAGCUAGAAUUAUUUUAAAGAAACACCAUAGAAGAAAUGCACCUAUAAUCUUAUUACAUUGACCUAUUAUCUUACUUAUUAUUGGCCCUGAUUUUCUUUAAUAAGGGCGACAGGAAGGGAACUUAAACCAUUAGCCUAAGGAGCAGGCAUUAAUUUAUAAAGCGUGGUUACAUUAAUAUAAGCUAGAGGAAAAAAGGUUUUUGAUAAUAUUAUUUACCUAUUUCAGUGCAAACUAUAAAGGCUAUAGAAUUGUCAGUUGCAUCACGGGGCGCCAACCAUCAGCUAGGAUUUGCUGGCCAGGUCGGCUUAUUCUCAUGAAGAAUUUGAGCCUACGUAUCGGGUGCUCCAUGCAACCGCGUGCGAGUGACUUAGACCGUCACGCGAGAUAGAGAAAUGAUCGCUCGAUUUUCGUUUUUCUGUGUUUGGUUGUUCGUUUUUAAUACAUAGCAUAUCGAAUACUUUCUUAUGUAUGGGAAGCAAAACAACCAAGGGUAUCACAUAUUUCAAGUGUUUUUUACGAUCGAUCCGCCCUUCUUCGUUGUAUUUACUCAGGCAGGUCCUAGGGUAUCAAAUACGCAUGCGUCGCAGGCCUGGAUACAUUCCGGUUAAAACUCAAGGGAGCCUUUUCAUUUUAAAUUUUUAAUGAAUUAAUGUAGGAAUGCGGGGAUUUUUUUGGAGUUUGAUUAAUUAAUGAUUAUCUAGAAAUUAGAUUUAAUAUAGAUUUGAUUAGAUUUGUUCCUGUGUUCACGCUAGGCUGGAGCAUGUUUAAUUUGAUCAGAAAAAGCUAGAUUGAACACGAUAGACCUGAGAAACGACGAUCGGAAAAUAUUCUCUUUUUGUUGGUUUCGAGCCCAACAAUUUGAAGAAAAUAUCGAGAUGACAAAGAACAGGAUUUUCAAAUCAAUCUUUCCUAGGGUGCGGCAUUGUUGCCUUCUUAUCAUAUUUGAGGCGCAGCUGGUUCUUUGCUCAUCCACAGGUUGAAGUAGCUUUUAUUUUGAGAUAAGGGAAAAAAUAAAGGGUGAGACUUGGGGACGCGAAAAUUUUUCAUGAUUACGCCAAACAUGUUUCAGUUCUAAAGUGAACACACCAUAGUGAGUUAAGUUUCGUUAAAACUCGUUUCUGUCAACUCAUCAUAAUUGUAGUCAUUGUUUAUCUUCACUUUUCCUCUUAAUAUUCAGUCCUGCUCAGACAAUUACAGCAUGAACCGUUGCUUGUUGCUUUUUUGGAUGUAUUCAGACUCUUAGCAAGUCGCCAAUUGGGGUUUAGUUGUUAAGAAGAGGGUGGAAUCCAGUGGAUUAAGGCGCGUGGGGACUCACGGGAAGAACAUGGCGGCCGAGUACGAGCCUUUACCCAUUAACUGCCAAGAUUUUAUUGUUAAUUCUCCACUGUUGAUACUGGAUGCUUUCUUGUAAAUGAGUUGUGAGAAUUUGGUGUUAGAUCAAGACAAAAACUUCUCUCUCAUUAGUUUGUAUAUUCAUAGUACCUGUUUGUUGGAUAAUGUAUGGAUAUUUUAGAGAAAAAUUUCAUGUUAGUCUCUUCUGGGAGUUAAAGGGUUAACCGCGUUUUGUCGUUUUUGUUUCACCAUCUAUUUUGCCAACAUUAUAUUCUUAUUCGUAUCCGUUUAUAUUGUAGCAAUGAAAUGUAAUUGAUUUAGCUAAUAUGAGUGGUUUUUGUGUUCUCAGUAAUAAAGUUG